AUGAGGAUGGGCGAGGAGGUGCAGGGAGGUUCAGGAAUAGAUCCAGGACAAGUGAAGAUGAAAACAGCAGAUUAUAGCGUCGACUGCCCUCAACACCAGCCUGCAGCCCUAACACCAGCCCGCAGCCCUCUCAACACCAGCCCGCAGCCUCAACACCAGCCCACAGCCCUCAACACCAGCCUCGCAGCCUCAACACCAGCCCGCAGCCCCCAACACCAGCCUGCAGCCUCAACACCAGCCUGCAGCCCCAACACCAGCCCACAGCCUCAACACCAGCCUGCAGCCCCAACACCAGCCCACAGCCUCAACACCAGCCUGCAGCCCCAACACCAGCCUGCAGCCUCAACACCAGCCUGCAGCCCCAACACCAGCCUGCAGUCCCCACCAGCCCACAGCCCUCAACACCAGCCCACAGCCCUCAACACCAGCCCACAGCCCUCAACACCAGCCCACAGCCCUCAACACCAGCACUCCCUCUGUUUCUCCUCCUCUUGCUCUGGGAAAUCAACGCUCUCAUGUUGCUCUCAGUACACAAUCAGAUCUUUCUUCUACACUAAAAAUCCUUGGGCCGCUCAAGACUGUGUUCCCAACUUCUUUCAGAGCGUGGCUAAUGAGGUACUUCUUGGUGACUCGUGGAACUUCUUCUAG